AUGAAGAUUAUUAACAAAUCCACAAAAGAUAGUAAUAUAACAGGACAAUUCUAUUCUAUUAAAGAAAUUUCAGGUAAAAAAGAGGAUAAAUUGAGCCAAGUCAGAUUUGUAUUACUACAAGGCUUGAUGCUUGAUACUAGUUUAAUACAGAAAUCUCAGUCUACUGAAGAAAAGAAUGUAAAGUUAGCAAAGUGA